AUGACCUCACUCAGCUCUCGAGCUGCACAGAGCAGCAUUCGAGGGAAUAACAUAACUGAACAUGGACCUCGCUUCCCACGCACUCACCCCUCCACAUGCUUCCACUCGCAUGCCCCAUGUCUGCCCAUCCCUCCCCCGCUGGCCCCCCUACUCCAGACGCAGCAAGCAGCCAGGCCCUAUCACUUGCCUCCUGAGCUCCACAGAGGAGCAGUUGAAGGACUACUCUUACAUGGACUUCGCUCCCACUCACACACCAUCAUCUCACCCACGUGUUGCUGCUCAAAACGACCAGUCUUGUUUCCUCCUGUCCGCUCUUUCCCCUACUCCAGGCGCAGCAAGCAGCCGGGGCCCAUCACUCGUCUCCUGAGCUGCACGGAGGAGCAGCUGAAGGACUACCCCAACAUGGACCUCGCUCCCACGCACACCGUGCCAUCCAUGUCCCUCGAUCCCAAGACCGGCGAGUGGUACCCAGCGAUCAACAAGCCAUACGGGGUGUGGCACUGGGUGCAGCACAGCCCACAGGCGCAGCAGGCGGAGUGGGUCGUGAUUCUCGACGCUGACAUGGUCAUCAGGGCACCCGUCACUCCGUGGGGCGUCAAGGCGGAGAAGGGCAAACCAGUAGCAGCCUACUACGGCUACCUCAUCGGCUGUGACAACAUACUGGCCCAGCUGCACACCAAGCACCCCGAGCUCUGCCCCAAAGUGGGCGGCUUUAUAGUCAUGCACAUUGACGAUCUGCGCCGCUUCGCCCCGCUCUGGCUCAGCAAGACACAGGAGGUGCGAGCUGACAAGGCACACUACGCGCGGAACAUCACAGGAGACGUGUACUCGUCGGGGUGGAUCAGCGAGAUGUAUGGCUACUCGUUUGGCGCUGCGGAUGCCGAGCUACACCAUCAAGUAGACCAGACGACCAUGCUCUAUCCAGGCUACACCCCAACGCCAGGCGUGGACCCGCGCUUGCUGCACUACGGGCUCGCCUUCUCCGUCGGCAACUGGAGCUUCGGCAAGUCGCAGCACCGGACGGAUAAGAUCGUCAAUGAGUGCAACAGACUGUUUGAUCCUCCGCCGUUCCUCUCUGAGACCCCUGACCCUCUCAACUCUUCCCCUCAUCACUCCUCCUCUUCCCUUUCCUCUCCUCUCUUCCUUCUCUCUCCCUCUCCUCUCUCUCAUCACGCCCCCCUCUCCCCUUCCUCUCUCCCUCCUCUCCCUCUCCUCUCUCCCCUUUAUCACUCUCCCAUAUCCCAUUCCUCUCUCCGUCCUCUCUCGCUCCUCUCCCUCUCCUCUCCUCUCCUCUCCUCUCCUCUCUCUUCUCAUCACUCCCCCCUCUCCCCUUCCUCUUUCCCUCCUCUCUCUCCCUCAUCGCUCCCCUCUCAGGCCAAGGAAGCCGUCACACCUGAACCCUUCCAUCUCUUUCUUACGCCUCUCUCCGCAUCAUCUCCCCUUCGUCGCUCCUCCCUCUCCGCACACGCUCACGCGCGCGCACGAUUCUCCUCCCUCUCUUCUUCCUCUCCCCCUCAUGUCUCCUCCCCCUCCCGUUCCUCUCCCCUCAUCCCAAUUCAUUCCCCGCACCUGCCACCUGUUUCUGACUCCCUUUUCCCCUGUCCUCUCCCAUUCCUCUCUUCCUCGUCUCUGCCCUUCCUUGAUCUCUCUCCGCCCACCAGUGCAAGCAUCCAGUCGUCCCUAGGCCCUGCUGCUUUUGGCCCCACUGUCUCUUCGAACCCUGAAGGGGGCAUGCUCCGAGGGGAGGCAAGGGGAGCGGCUGAGAAAGGAGGAUUAAGAGGGGGAUUAGGAGAAUCUGCUGUUACCAGCACCAGCGUAGGGGGUGAGAGCAAUAGCAGCGGCAGCAGCAGUAGUAUCAGCAGCAGCAGCAGCAGCAGCGGCGGCAGCAGCGAGAACAACAGCAACGGUGAUGAGAGUGAUAGUAAGGGAAUGUCAGGUGGUGGGAGGUUGGAAAGGAGAAGCAUAGGAACAGAGAAGUGGGGUUCUGUUAAAGGGAAUGGAAAGGAAGAGAGUGGGGAGAAAGGGAGUGGGACGAAAGGGAUUGGGGUGGGUGAGAGUGGGAUGGAAGGGCUCGACACCCCUCCUCCCGUUCCUCUCCCAUUGCCGAACCUGGGCCCGGACGUGCCUGUCGAUCCGGCUCGGGAUCCGAACCUGUGGCAGCCGUUUCAUGUGAAGGGCACGCCGAGGCUGGUCACGCUUUUUUCGGGCGAGUGCACGGCGUAUUUCGAUUGGCAGACGCUCGGGCUGAUGUACAGCUUCCGGCGGAGCGGGCAGCCCGGAAAGCUUGUGCGGCUGCUGGCUUGUAACGAGGACAUGCUUAAGGAGUACAAGGGACUGGACCUGGCUCCGACUAUGGUGGUGCCGAAUUGGGACCAUGACCCGCACAACGGAGACUGGUACUCGGCCAUUAACAAGCCAGUGGGAGUCAAGUACUGGCUCGACAACAGCCCGGACGCACAACUUGUCGAUUUUGUCCUCAUCCUGGACGCAGAUCAGAUCCUCCGCCGCCCGAUCCUGCCCUGGGAGCUAGGCGCCGAGCGAGGCCGCCCGGUUUCCGCCGACUAUGGAUAUUUAAUAGGCUGCGACAACAUCCUUGGCUCGCUGCACAUGAAGCACCCCAAGCACUGCGACAAGGUCGGGGGGUACAUCGCCAUCCAUGUGGACGACCUGCGCCUGCUGGCCCCCCGCUGGAUCGCCAAGACAGAGGAGGUGCGAGCGGACAAGGAGCACUACGCCACCAACAUCACUGGAGACGUGUACGGGCAGGGGUGGAUCAGCGAGAUGUACGGCUACUCUUUCGGCGCCUCCGAUGCCAAUCUGCACCACGUGGUAAUAGACAACAUAAUGCUCUACCCGGGCUAUCCCCCCGUACCCAACGUGGACCCGCGUCUCUUCCACUACGGCCUCGAGGUUAAAGUUCUAAAUUACUCCUGGGAUAAGUCCCGCUUCCGAGACACCCCGCUAGCCCUCACCUGCGGUUACCAUUUCCCCGAUCCUCCUGACGUUACGGAUUUGCCCCCGUUACCCGCUGUCGAUCCUGGUGCUGCUGCUGCUGCUGCCGCUGGUGGUAAGGGUGGUAUGGGCGGUUUUUUUGCGGGGCUUAGGGGUGGAGGAGGAGGGGAAGAGGAGAGGGAGAAGAAGCUGAGGGAGUUGCAGGAAGAGCGGCGGAAAGAUUUCAUUGUCAUUGAGUGUGUUGCGGUGCUGAAUCGGGCUUUAAGGGAGUAUCAUCGGUUGAGGCUUGGGUGCCCUGUGACUAGCGAGAAAGAUGUGGGCGUUAUGGAUCUUACUGGAGCGUCUUAUAUCGAGUUGGGGAGUGGGGGAGGCGGUGUGAGGGAGCUUCGAGCUGAUGUGUGGGCGAGAGUGAGGGAUGGGGGAGGAGGGAUGGAGGUGGAGGGGGAGCGGAGGAUGGGGAGGAGUGAGGAGGGGAAUGAGGAUGUGGAGCAAGUGGGGAGGUUUGUGGUAGAGAGUGUGGAAGUGAGGGAGAGGGGAGGGUUGGAGCGAGGGCUUGUGGUUGGGGUAGAGAUGGCAGAAGGGGAGAGAGAGAGGAUGGAGGAGAGGAUGAGGGAGGAGGGUGGGCAGGAAGGAGAGACAGUAGGGGUUGAAGAGGUGGGGGUAGAGGAGCAGCAGGGGCAGAACAGGCAAGGGAAAGAAGAAAGCCAUGUUGAACAGCAGCUGAAUCAGGAAGGAGAAGAGGCGGCAGCGGAAGCGCAGGGAGGGGCGGGAGAUGAGAGAAGCGCGGCGGGAGAGGAGGGCGAGGAAGAAGAGAGUGGAGAAGAUCCCUAA